AUGCAAUUGUAUCAAAAGCUGUGCCGCGCACUCUAUGACAAUGAAAUAAACGAGUUGGGAUUACUGCCCAUGAUCCCAGAGAUGUCAGAUGUACCGCCAGAGAAUCAAAAAUAUCAUCCGUUGAUUGUCGUGGAGAAUAAACUAGGCAUUGCUAAGCAAUGUUUGUCUAUACUGCUCAAGGAAGCUCAUGAAUACUUUAUCACGCUAGAUAAGAGCGAUCAACGUCAUCUGGAGGAAGCAACUCGAAUCAUGGUAUUGCUCAAACCAGAUAAUUAUACAGCCAUGAACCGAAGAAAGCAACUGAUCCAAUCAAAGUACAUUCAGCCCAAAGACGAAAUAGCACUGUUGGAGCUCAUUUUCACCAUUCCAAAGCAUUCUAAAAGUUCCAUAGCGUGGUAUCAUCGGCAAUGGAUAUUUGCUCAUUAUGCCGACUUGAAUGUCGAGAAUGAAUUCAGACUGUGCACAAUGGCAUCCCUGUUGUAUCCAAGAAACUAUUAUGCCUGGACCUACAGACACUGGGUGCUAUCUACCUACUGCGCAUCGGAUCCAGCCAGAGUACAGCAAGAGUACAAAAGCACAUGCCAAUGGAUCGAGCGCAAUAUCAGUGAUUUCUCUGGCUUCCAGUACUUGCAGCAGGUGAUAGAGAUACACAGUGACAUCCAUCGAGAGUCUCACAUGCGAUGGCUCGACAACCUCAUCAUUCGAUAUCCUGGCCACGAGUCGCUAUGGUGCCAUAGACGGUUCUGCUCCCACCUGUUUGUUCGGUCUGAGGCACACUGCCAUGAACAACAUGCAUUUAUUGAGAAUAUCAUGCAAGAUGUGUACAAAGAUCAAUCGCUCUCGCUGAACAAUGUGUCUCUGCAAAAGGAAUUUGCCUUGAAGUUUGGGUUAUUUCAUCUUAUCAUGGCAAGUAAUUCAUAUGAGAAGCAACUACUUGAAUCUUACAUAUAA